GUUUGUCUGCCGGACUGACGGGCAGUCCGGCGGUGAGCGGCGGCGGCGGGGAAGAUGGCGGCGUCCUCCUUGGAGCAAAAGCUGUCCCGCCUAGAAGCUAAGCUGAAACAGGAGAACCGCGAAGCCCGGAGGAGGAUCGACCUCAACCUGGAUAUCAGCCCGCAGCGGCCCAGGCCCAUUAUUGUGAUCACUCUAAGCCCUGCUCCUGCCCCGUCCCAGCGAGCAGCCUUGCAACUCCCACUGGCCAAUGAUGGGGGCAGCCGCUCACCGUCCUCAGAGAGCUCCCCACAGCACCCUACACCCCCUGCCCGGCCCCGUCACAUGCUGGGGCUCCCAUCAACCUUGUUCACACCCCGCAGCAUGGAGAGCAUUGAGAUUGACCAGAAGCUUCAGGAGAUCAUGAAACAAACAGGCUACCUGACCAUCGGGGGCCAGCGCUACCAGGCAGAAAUCAAUGACCUGGAGAACCUGGGCGAGAUGGGCAGCGGCACCUGUGGUCAGGUGUGGAAGAUGCGCUUCCGAAAGACAGGCCAUGUCAUUGCUGUCAAGCAAAUGCGGCGCUCGGGCAACAAGGAGGAGAACAAGCGCAUCCUCAUGGACCUGGAUGUGGUGCUGAAGAGUCAUGACUGCCCCUACAUUGUCCAGUGCUUUGGCACCUUUAUCACUAAUACUGAUGUCUUCAUUGCCAUGGAGCUCAUGGGCACAUGUGCAGAGAAGCUGAAGAAGCGGAUGCAGGGUCCCAUACCUGAGCGGAUCCUGGGCAAGAUGACUGUGGCGAUUGUGAAGGCGCUCUACUACCUGAAGGAGAAGCAUGGUGUCAUCCACCGGGAUGUCAAGCCCUCCAACAUCCUGCUGGACGAUCGGGGCCAGAUAAAGCUCUGUGACUUUGGCAUUAGUGGUCGCCUCGUUGACUCCAAGGCCAAAACACGGAGUGCUGGCUGUGCUGCCUAUAUGGCUCCUGAACGCAUUGAUCCACCGGAUCCCACAAAACCUGACUAUGACAUCCGGGCUGAUGUGUGGAGUCUGGGCAUCUCAUUGGUGGAGUUGGCGACUGGACAGUUUCCCUAUAAGAAUUGCAAGACAGACUUUGAGGUCCUCACCAAAGUCCUCCAGGAAGAGCCCCCACUGCUGCCCAGUCACAUGGGCUUCUCAGGGGACUUCCAGUCAUUUGUCAAAGACUGCCUUACUAAAGAUCACAGGAAGAGACCAAAGUAUAAUAAGUUACUUGAACACAACUUUAUCAAGCACUACGAGACACUUGAGGUAGAUGUGGCAUCCUGGUUCAAGGACGUCAUGGCCAAGACCGAGUCACCGAGGACUAGUGGGGUCCUGAGCCAGCACCACCUGCCCUUCUUCAGGUAGCCUCAUGGUGGCAGCCAGCCCCAGAGGGGCCCAGGGGCAUGGCCACAGGCCCUCCCUUUCCAUCUGGCCACCUAGCUGCCACCAGGGGAGACCAGGGACCUGGAUGGCCUUUGAGGGCUGAGGACAGAAAGUAGGUGGUGCCCAUCCACCUCCACCUCCACCUCCCUGCCCACCAGCUGUGGACAGAUGGGCCUGCCUGGCUGUAGCCUUUCCUACCCUGGGGUCAGCUGGCUAUGUGCAUCCUCCCCGACAGACACUGUGAACAGAAGACAGCCAUGAGCAGACCCGCUAUUUAUUCAGUCAUAACCUCUGGGCUGCAGUGGUUCCCAGGGGCCAGGAGAGAGCCCCCAUCCUGUACCCCUAAGCUCUGAGCUUCUAUCCCUUCCACCCCUUUCCUACACAUGCUUGCUUUCUGUCCCCUCCCUCUACUUCUUUCCCUGUUCAUCUUUCCCUGUCUCCCUCCUAUCCUCUGCUUCUCUCCUGGCCCAGACUUGGGCCAAGCUACCCCUACUUCUCAGUGGAAGCCCCAGGUCCACUAAGGCCUCCUCAAGUCCUUGCCCCAGUAUGGCCGCCAUGUGGGUAUUGUGACUGCAGCCAUAUGGGGCUGCUCCUUCCCUCCGUCGCUCUAUCUCUCUUUGAUCUCAGGGGGUCCUUUUUGGAGUUUAUUGUAUUUUAUUGUACUUGGUGGGGUGUUUGGGGGGAGUGGGGAGGAGAGCUUGUUCUCAUGGGGAGUGCCAGUACCUUCAGAAACUUUUACCAAAGUCAUGUUUAGCUGCUUGUGGUGCCCCCCCUCAGACACUGGGGGCCUGGACCGCUGCUCCUUGUCAGCCUUGGCCUAGGAGAUGCCCUAGGCCCAGGAGAGACAAGGCACAAACUUGGGCUCUGGGGGCUCCUUUUCCCUUGGGUCUGGGGACUGGCUACAGCUUGGGGGUAAGUUGAAGAGCUCAGGUGGCACAGAGGGAGCUCAAGGAGCCUUAGCCAAACAGAUGGCCUUCAGGGACGGUGGAAAAGGGGGACCAUACGGAGGUGACCCUAGGGGAUCUAUAACAGAGUAGGGCCAGGUGGCCAAGGGAAAGGUAUUGUCUGAAGAGUGAUUGAAGGUGAAGGGAGUGGAUUGGAAGGUUGGAGCAUGUGUGACAGGGAUAGGCAUGAAUGCAAGAGGAGGCCAGACUGGGGCACAAUAGUGUGAGGUGACUACCCCUACCGUUCCCGAGUUAUCCCCUCAGCUCACCCAGAGCUGGCCAAACCCAGCCCUCCUUGAGGCUUGGGACUGGGAAGGACCAGGUGUCCAUUCCAGGCCCCAGGCUCUGGUGCCCCACUGGAACCUCCUCAUCCACCAGAGUAGGAUGGGGUGUUUCCUUUUUGUUGGUCAUGCAUGCAAAUCAAGUGGACAAGAGAACAAUAUAAUGAAAAAAGAAAAAAAAAAAGCAAACAAAACCCAACCAACACCAAAGGUGUGAGGAGCCUCGCUGGAUGUAGCUGAAGCAGCAUAGGCUUAGGUGUCACUAUGGCCUCUUAACUGUCAUAGUGACUCAAUAUAUUCAUAAAUGCCGCAUGUUUAAAAUGUAAUAGAAGUCGUCAUCUUUGCCCCCCACCCAAGAGUGGGCAGCCACCCUCUUUUGCCCCUCUUCUCCUGUUGGAGGUGUUAGGAAUGGGGCAGGGAGGCUAACAGACCAGGCCCCCACCCAGCCACCAGCAUAGGAGGUGGCCUUUGUGAGUAGCUGGAAAGUCACUUGGCUGGUUCCCAGAGCCAGCACAGGCCCAAAGGCCAGGCUGCCUGGUUUUAUUUUUAUUUAACUUUAUUUCUGUUUUGAGUGUGUCCUCUUACCCCCUCCUCUUCAGUGUUAAGCAAGAGCCCCAGGGGAGCUUCCUUACAUCCCCAACCUCUUCCCAAGAUCUCUCUGCCACCAGCCAUCCCUCUGGCCUAAGCAGAGGGGUCCGGGCAGGCAGGGGCCCUGGGGUGGCCUGGUUCAGCCCACCAGCCAGCCCAUGGCCUCCUUAGGCUGCCAGUGUUGCCCUGUUCCUUUUUAAAACAAAAUGCCCUUGUUUGUAAAUCCUUAGAUGCUUGAGAAUAAAACCUCUCCUUUUUCUUCUGA